CACACACACACCGGAUCAUCAUCCGCCCACCUCAAUUUUGAUUUGAUGAACGUCCUGGGUCACUGGUUAACGUCGCCCAGUCAGCCUAUAUAAGCAGCAGAAAGUUUUCCAAACACCCAGCAAAACAUAAAGUCGGCCUCUGACAAAGAAGAGACAAGAAAAGCGCCGUUUUCCUCUGCGUAAAAAGUGCCAAGACGGUUCCAGACAUGGAGAGGUCAGUUAGGUUUGCCGUGGUGUGCGUCGCAGUGUCUCUGCUCAUCUCCUGCCAUCCAGCCGAAGCCUGGUACAAGCAGUCGACCGGGCCCAGUUACUACUCGGUGGGUCGUGCCUCCGGUUUGCUGUCCGGUAUCAGGAGGUCACCGUACGUCCGCAGGUCCGAGUCAGAAGAGACGCAGGUGGACAGCGUGGAGACAGCAGGUAACAACGUGAUUCCAGAGACUAACAAGCAGAUCUCCAUCCUCAAAAGCAUGGCCAUCUGCUUAAAGGACAUCUCUCCAAACCUGAAGAGCUGCGAGCUGCUGCGGGACGGGAUGGGCACCUUCCAGUGCAAGGCGGACGUCUUCCUCACCCUGGACUCCCUGGACUGCCUGUCCGCGUGAGUUCCGAGACAGUCCUGGUCUACCGAGCCCCGGGAGCGCGUCUCUGGAAACGAAAAAUUAAGGAAAGGGAUGAGGGAUGGUGGAGGGGGUGAGGUGGCGCAGAGGACAACCCGAUCAUUGUCGAUGAUGGACCGCUGCAGACUCUGAAUGUUCUCUUAUUUAAAAAACACACAAACAUUGUUCAGUUUUGCUUUGGUUGCGUAGACAGGAAUAUAAAAAAAAAACAAAGAAAAAAAAUCAGUGCGAGAGAUGUUAGUUGAAACCAUCUUCUUUCCAGAUGACCUCCCAUCUUUACUGUUUAACCCCUGACAUGUACCCGCCAUUGACAAAAUGUAUUAAAUGUCCAGAAAGUUGACUGCAGAGCAGAUUUCCUGGAAAGUACUUUUAUUUAUUUUAUCUAUUAAAAAGAACAAACACUGGUAA